UGAAGCUGAAGCAGUCCUGUACAACGAUGCGAGGCAGUACUAUGGUUGUGGCGUGCCCAACCAAGUGUCAUGAUGGAUUUUGAUGAGCGGGUACCCGUUGGGUCUAACAUGUAUUUGCCCAGCUGUACUUAUUACGUGUCUGGAACGGAAUUCUCCAGUCUUCCUCCUUUUCUGCCCCAGAACCCGUCUUCUUGCCCCAUGACAUACUCAUACUCCACGUCCAAUUUGCCACAGGUUCGAGAGGUCUCUUUCAGGGACUAUGCCAUUGACACGUCCAGCAAGUGGCACUCCAGGGGCAAUCUGCCACACUGCUACGCGACAGAAGACAUGGUGCACAGGGACUGCCUGUCCAAUCCUGGAACUUUGGGAGACAUGUUAUCGAAAAACAACUCGGUUCUUUACCACUCUAACACGAGCCACACACCCAACAUGUUUGGCAGCGUAGGGAGGAACGGAGUGCUGCCCCAAGCAUUCGAUCAGUUUGUCGAGACAGCGUACGGGAACGUGGAAAAUCAGUCGACCGAUCAACCGGUGGACAGAGCAACCAGCAAAGCGCCUCUGCCCGCUGAAUCAGGGAGCGACAGUUGUCGGGGAACGGAUGAGACCGAGCGGUGCGAAGAGACGAGCAGCCCCGAGUCAUCUUCCGGUAACAACGAAGAGAAAUUCAGCAGCAACAGCACCGGACAGAAGACACGGAAAAAGAGGUGCCCUUACACCAAGUAUCAGAUCAGAGAGCUGGAGAGAGAAUUUUUCUUCAGUGUUUACAUUAACAAAGAAAAAAGGCUACAGCUUUCCAGGAUGCUCAACCUCACCGACCGUCAAGUCAAAAUAUGGUUUCAAAACAGAAGGAUGAAAGAAAAGAAACUAAACAGAGACCGUUUGCAGUAUUACACCACGAACUCUUUGCUUUAGAAUGUCAUUGCCGAGAGAUCGUUUAUGCGAGAUGGUAAAUUUCAAGUUCGUGGAUGCACAUUCCGGCUCCCUGCAGGCUCCUGCGGGACGAGAUGUGACCUUCAUUCCUCUGACAGACUAUUUCAUCGAUAUGAACAUAAAUUAAUAUUCAGUAUAAUCGUUACUAUUUGAAAUUAAAGACACGUUGGUUGUUGUUGUUGUUAUUAUUCUAAUGGCCAUUAGUUCUGCUUUGUAUUAAGAGUUACAGGGUUUAUUAUUAUUAUUAUUAUUAUUAUUAUUUUAUAUUAUUUUCUGACCAAGAUCUGUAACUUUCACGCAUAUGCGUCAUAUAGCAAUGUUGUAGCUAGACAUAAAUACGAAUGGACGAGAAGGUGAAUUUUAAACAUCAGCACUGUUCAUUAUUUUUGGUUUAUAUUAUUAGAAUAUUGUCUUUUUUUUUCUUCUUCAGUAAAAAACGCACACUUCAUUAGUAUUAAGCCAAUAAGCUUACUGGAAACUAGACGUGUCUUACGCGCUAUAUUCUUAUAUACUUAUAUUGUGUGGACUUUCAAUGAGUGUAUAUUUGAUAUUCGGCCCAUUUACUAGAAUACUGCGCAUUCUCCAUUAAAAUCGACACUUGUUUCUUAAUGUCGUCAAAAUCAAAGUAAUUCAGAUUUAUUUUGUUCGGGACAGUUAAGGUUCUAAUGAACGUUACGACAAAGGCAAUAAGUGAACCGCCAUGGACAAUACUUGAGACCUCUGACAACCCAAAUCAAAUGUAAUUUUCUACUUGAGUUCUCUGAUUCACCACCUUUUCUCGGAGACCUUAUAUUGAUGUUGAUGUUGCAGGAGCUCAUUCAUGUUUAUGAUAAUCUCUCGUGUUUAUAACAUUUCUUCAGUGUUAUAUAAAUCAGUCUCUUGAAA